CUUGGGAAUAUUAGUUGACUCUGUGAAUCAGCCAUGAUACGUCGUAACUUGAAGAAAUUUUGUGUUUUUACGUAGGAAUAUUAUCGAAACAACAUUGUGAAAGUGUUAUGUGUGAUUGUUAACCCUAUAGGAUUACUAUUAGCUAUGAUGAAUUGGGGCACCGAGCUCUGGGAUCAAUAUGACAAUUUGGCUCUACACACGCUGAAGGGCAUUGAUUUUCUGGAGAGGUAUGGCCAUUUCGUCAAGGAUAGGGCAACAAUAGAGUUCGAUUACGCUUUUAAAUUGAGGCGUCUUUGCAAGAGUUAUCAGCCAAAAAAAAAGGAAGAGGAUGAAUAUCAUCAGUACACUUCCUGUAGAGCUUUCAAAAUUCUUACAGAUGAAGUGAACGAUCUAGCAGGACAACAUGAAGUUAUAGCAGAGGAUUUACAGUCCAAAGUGAUUAAAGAACUUAAUGCGUUAGUGAAGGACCUGAGGGAAGAGAGAAAGAAACAACUUCAGGAGGGACAGAGGCUGACCCAAAUUCUCCAAACUCAACUGGACACCUUGCAAAGGUCGAAAAAAGCAUACGACAAAGCAUUCCGUGAUGCAGAGAAAGCAUUAGACAAUUUCCAAAAAGCAGAUGCUGAUUUGAACCUGUCCAGGGCAGAGGUGGAGAAGCAGAGAACCAAUUACCAAUAUAAAACUCAAAUAUGUGAUACAACCAAGAAUGAAUAUGCGCAACAGUUGCAGAGGACGAAUGAACUACAAAGACAGCAUUAUAGAUCAGGACUUCCUGAAGUGUUCAGACAUCUGCAAGAGUUGGACGAGAAACGCAUCAAGAACAUAAAAAACUUUAUUUAUAGUUCGGUGAAAAUUGAAAGAAAUGUGUUUCCUAUAAUUAAUAAGUGUUUGGACGGUAUAUUGAAGGCGAGUGAUAUAAUUGAUGAAAAGGAUGACAGCAAAAUGGUGAUAGAAAGAUAUAAAUCGGGUUUUGAACCCCCUGAAGAUAUACCAUUUGAAGAUUUAUCAAAAAGUGGUAGUGAUUCAGGAAGUACACACAUAGUCAAUAAUAUCCAACCUAGUAAUAAAAUAAAAGAUGGUGUCUAUACUGUGAAAGGGACCAUAUCGGGAAAAGCAAUGAGAAAACGUACUGGAAUAUUCCAAAUUUUUGGCAAUAGAGGGCUUACAGAAGUCUGUAUGGCAAUAAAGCAUGCUGCAAUAUCUGAUGGAAAGGAUGACAUGAGUGACUUACCACCAAAUCAGAGGCGAAAAAAAUUGGCUCAGAAGAUUGCGGAUCUCAAAGCAAAAGUUGCUCAAGAAUCUGCUGCUAGAGAUGGUCUAAUGAAGAUGAAAAGUGUGUAUGAGGCAAAUCCCGCUUUGGGAGAUCCAAUGACAGUUGAAGGCCAACUAAAUGAAAGCAGUCAUCGUCUAGAAAAACUUCAGAUGGAACUGAAACGAUUCCAGGGAUACCUGGAAGAAGCACUCAAGAACCAAAACAGUUCCAGCAAUUCAGCGAAUAAUUCACCUCGUUUGAUAAACGGAUCCCGGCAUCAUCGGAACUCUGGGGGGAGUGCUGCCGAAGAGGAAUCUUUGAGCAGGUCCGCAAGCGAUAGCAGCGUUACUAAUCCUACAGUAAAUCAUAACAAACAAUCAGUACCUGGCACUCCGCAACUUAACAAUCAUGGUUGUUCAAACAGUCCAGAGAGUGGAUUGGGUACGUCUCACACUUCGUUGCCAGGAGUAGAUUCGGAUCCGGAUCAAUAUGAUGGUCAUCAUGUAGAUCCAGAAAGUGAAUACUAUGAGGCGGACCUUUUACCUGCUAUUGGAACCUGUAAAGCUUUGUAUCCCUUUGAAGCUACCAGUGAGGGUAGUAUUCCGAUGGCCCCAGACGAACUGCUACAUCUCAUUGAGAUGGACCAGGGUGACGGGUGGACAAGGGUAAGGAAGAUGAAUGGAGAGUGUGAUGAAGGAUUUGUGCCAACUUCGUAUAUAGAAACCACAUUACUUGAUACUUAAUCAUAGUUCCCUUCAAAAGUUGUCUCUUUUAAUUCUGAAAAGGAAAUGAUUGCAUUUGAGGGAAGAUGGGGAAAAUUAUUCAUGAUAGUUUGAUUUCAUACUAUAAAGUUGCCAUCCAAUUAAUUUCCCUACUUCACUUCUUGUGACAUAUUUGAUCAGUUUUAACAUAGUUUGAUGAAAUUCAUAAGUCAUAAUUUUAUUUUAAAGCUCUUGUUUUAAAUUGAAUCCUUUAAAUUAAUUCCUGCAUCCCAAAUUGCUAUUUUAUUUCAAAAUGUUGUACAAAAAUGUUCUUCAAUAAAAUCUUUGAUGAUAUGAUAUUUAUGAAUAUUGCGAAAUAAAAUUGUCAUUAACAACUUAGAAAAAUUUCUGUUCUAUUCAUUAUUAAAAACAUAUUUAUAAGAAAUUCAUAUCUUUUUCUUGGUAGUCUAAAUUCUGCUAUUUGUGAUGGAAUUUCGGAAAUAACUUUUCGAAAUAUAUUUUUGUAUUGUAUAUCUUCAAGUAAUUGUUAUUACUGGAAAAUGAUGAAGCAAUUAGCAUUCUUUUAAAUUUAAUCAAAUAUUAAUGGAUAUUGCUUUCCGCAAUAUAAUCGUUUUGCUUAGCACAAUUCUUUAUUUAAAUGAGAUAAAUCAAGACAUAUAUUAUGUUGAUGUUUAUUUUAGGGCUUAAUUAUUGUAUAUUUAAUUAGGUGUAAGUUUGUAUUGUGUAUAUAUGCUCAUCAUUAACAUAAGGUUCUUCAGUAAAAAACAAAAGUGUAAUUAUUCUUUACUCAAAAAAAUUAUGUAUAAACAAGAUUAUUAGCAUAGCUUCAGUUAUGAAUUAUUUUUUUAUUGUAAAUAUUAUAAUAAUGAAUAUCACUUGAGUUGAGACAAAUUCUUUAAAAAAAGCUUUCAGUAAUGAAUUAAUUUUAAAUGAGAACCAAUUCCAAUAACCAAUUACCACUUUCAAUGUUUCUGUACAAGUUCAUUAACUACUCCUAAUAAGAAUAGUACAUAAAUAAAAUAAAUGCAUUCUUA